UAUGUUUGUUUAUUCUUCGAUGGUGGUUUGCGUUUAUGAUCAUGCACUUUUAGGAUUGAGUGAUGUACUUUGUCAAAGGCUAGAAUCGAAAUUCCAGCUAUUAUUUAGCUAAAGAAACAGAUCUAAUAGCGAAACUGCAGUGAAUUCUAUUUUUUUUAGGUCCUACGUGAAGGAGUAAUCUCGAAUGCUGUGAUCUGAAGUCUUGAUUUUGCGUCGAAAUGGAAUCGGACGUAGAUUGUUUUCCUUUGAAAGACGUCUCAUCCGUGGUCGAGGUUUUCAAGACGGAACUUGGGAAAGACGAGCCGAACCUGGCGAAGUUAUCGAUCAUUUUAGGGUUCUUUGAAACGGCCCUAACUUGCAAAGGUUCCUCGAGUAGCUGCCCAGGAUUAGACAAAGAAACUUUCGACGCGUUGUACGGUAAAUUUCAGGCCUUGAUUCACAAAGAUUUUAACGUUAACAAAGAACAGAAGCCAGCUUCAAGGGACUUCGUCGUCAAUGUCGCAGAUCUUGUGUGGAGUUGCCUUUCCAAGUCUUAUUUCAAGGAUAAACCGCAUAUUCAGAAUCUCUACAGCUUUCUAACAGGCAAUCGGCUUGACUGCUUUGGUGUUGCCUUUGCUGUGGUUGCCAUUUGUCAAGCUCUGGGCUUCAAUGAUGUUCACUUAGCUCUGUCUGAAGACCAUGCUUGGGUGGUGUUUGGUGAAAAUGCCGCAGAAACAGCAGAGGUAACAUGGCAUGGUAAGGGAAAUGAGGAUAAGAGAGGGCGCCCUGUGGACUUUGACAAGACCACUGGCCAGAGCUGGCUAUAUCUGAAUGGGUAUCCUGUGAAGUGCACGCGGCAUAUGGAGGUGGCAUCUAUGGUGUCGUCCAUUAAUCCAGGCAUCACAAAUACAAGUGACAGUAUUGAACUGGCUAGUCUACAACAGCAACUUCUGUGGUUACUCUAUGAUCAAGGUCACCUCAAACGGUAUCCUCUAGCUUUGGGAAACCUUGGGGACCUGGAAGAGAUAUCACCAACUGUUGAUCGCCCACCAGCUGAAGAAAUCCUUAAAGAGGGAAUUAAAGUGAACCAAACUGUGUAUAAAGACCAGCAUAUUUAUCCUUACACUUACCUUGGUGGUUUUUACUACAGACAGAAGCAGUAUAUGAAAGCCAUUGACUGUUGGGUGAAGGCUGCAUAUGUGGCUGGAAAGUACAACUAUUCAAAAGAUGAUGAGGAAAUAUUCAAAGAACUUUAUGAAAUUGCCAAUGACUUUAUACCAAACAUCCUCAAAGCCUCAACCUCAUCUGCAGAGAGUAGCGAAAGCAGUGCUGCUUACAGGGCUCCCAACCUCACAGAAGACCCAAGCUUUUUUGCUUUUGUUCUUCAGUUUUAUGAUGGUGUUUGCUUGUGGGAAGAAGGAGGUCAUACCCCAGUGCUCCAUGCUGAUUGGGCAAAAAAGCUUGUACAGUCUAUUUCAAGAUUUUCUCCUGAUUGUAGAUCAGCAUUGUCAUCUGCACAGGGAGGGUCAUUAUCUCCAGCAGCAGUGCCCAUGAAAAAUGAGUUGAGUGGAGUAAAACCUCCUGUUACUUCCAGUGAUAAGGUGGAGCACAGCAACUCUUUGCAAGCUGGUGUAGAAAACUCUAGUAAAGAGAAGCUUGUGCUCAAUCUGAAAAGUGCAAAAAUGAGAGGAAUGAGAGAUUUGCUGGCAACUAGUGGCAAAAUUAACACAAGUGCAAUCAAGCUGCAACUUACAGCCCAAUCACAAGUGAGUGUGCCAAAGAGUAGAAGGCGCACAUCAUUUAAAACUGACGAUUAUGUGUAUGACUUUGGCGAAGAGGUAGGAAAUGAAGAAGAUGAUAAUGAAGAAAAAAAGAGGCCAAGAAAAGUGAGAAAAACUGAUAGGGACUUUGUGGUAUAGAGGUUCACAGCAUUGCGCACAUUCAGUAUAUUUCAUGUUGGGCAGAGUAAUGUUGGAUGAUUUUUAUAUUAUGGAAUAUUCAUUACAGGUUCAGUAUACAGAAACAGUAGCCUCUAUUUGGCAUGAAAAUACAUACGGUUAUUGUUAUGGACCUUAUCUGUUCCAAGAUGCAAACAGGUUUCCGAGAGCAAAGCUUGAGGAAAACUGUGAGCUUCAAGCUUGUGUUUAUUAUCCUUCAAAUAGUUUGCAACACGCUUGGAAAAAAUGUUUACAAACAUCUUACUGUAUGCAGCAUGGGGUUUUUUCUUUUGCAUGUUCCCUGUUCCCUGGAACGUAAUAAACAAAAAAAGAUUUUCCUUCGUAACAAGCACAAAAACUUUCUUUCAUCUUGAAUUAGAUUUGAAAAGAAGACUCAUCAGAGUGGAUGUAGGUUUGAAAAUUGGGGAAUAUCACUUGGUUGAUAUUCUCAGAUAUUACCUAGUUUUAACUGGGGGAUAUUUAGUCACGUGCUGCAUUUAAACCAAUUGUCUGUGUGCAAAAUUAUUUUAUGGAUCAUAUAUAUGCAUACAUUAUGAACAGAUGUCUGACUUAUUGCCCUCAUUUAUCAUACACACAUGAUGUUUCUUUUGUUUGCAAUUCAACCAAAUAAUCAGGAAGAAAGCUUCUGAGAAACUCAGAGCCUUUCUUUGAGUUGCUGUUUUUUAAUGAAGAAGUAAGAACCGGAGUCAGAAUGUUUUUGCCUUUAUCACUGUAUCCACCUUAGUUUAACUUUCUCUUGUCUUUUUGUGAUGUAGGAAUGUGUGGUGUGAGUGGUAUUUGUCAUGUUUGAAUUAACCCUUAAACUCCCAGAUGUGUUUAACAUGUAGCUCAUUCCCUACAAUAUCCAUACAUUAUCCAACAAAAUGGCAAUGAGAAUACUUAACCCUUUAACUCCCAAGAUCUGAUGGUCAGUUCUCCUCUCAAACUUCUACACAUUUCCUUGUAAAUUAGUCAUGAGAAUUUGGUGUUACAUCAAGAUAACAACUUAAACCUGAUAAGUUUGAUUGCUCUCAUUACAUGUUUGCUGGAUUGUAUAUAGAUAUUUUAAGGGAGAAGCCACAUGUUAAUCACUUCUGGGAGUUAAAGGGUUAAACCUAUUGAGUAGAAGUUGUUAUCCUGGUCUAAUACCAAAUUCUCAAAACUAUUUCACAAGGAAAAAUGUAGCUGAUAGAAGGGAGAAUUAACACUCAGACUUUGGGAGUUUAAGGGUAAAAGAAGAUUUAACCACUUUUUGGAAGAAAAGGUCUCAUCACAACAUUCUUUCUCACUGCAUCUAUGUUUUAGGUAUAUCUCCCAUUGGCAACAGUUUUUGGAAUAUUUUUUUUCUGGGAAGGAAUCUGAGACUUAUAGUUCACGAGACUGAUGAUUUCUGUUUUUGUGGUAAAUUUGUUUUUUACACAAAUCAAAACAUUGUAAUGCUAUUUUCAUCAACAUUUAUUCGUGGGGUAACUAGUAGUCAUAUGCUAUAGGGCAGUAUUAAAUGCAGUUACCAGUAUUUUA